ACCUGCUGCGCCUUUAAGAGGCUAACUGAGGAGGAAACCUAAUAUCUCUCCACAUCCAGCUCAAGUCUUCAUCAAUUAACUGUGAGAGCGACGAUAUCCGAACAGUCCCCCUGCUCUCUGUACCAAACUCCACCUGCUUUUUUACUGUUUUCAUUUGUGUGCUUGAUUGUUUAGCCACACAUUACCCGGAUUAAAUUACGCAUUGCACCUUUAAGAAGCUGUCACCGGGAUUAGAGUUACGCGCAGUGAGCCAGGUCUCCCCCCGGAGGGGUUUUACGCACUGCUGAAGGGUCUCCUUCAUCGACAUUUCUCCCUCUGUCCUCCUCUUCUUCUUCGCUGGUCCUGACACCGCCGGGGAGCCUCCACGCCGCGCGACAUGGCCGAGCCAGGGAAAGGGGUCACCGCCGGGAAACUGGCCAUCAACGUCCAGAAGAGGCUGACCAGAGCGCAGGAGAAGGUGUUGCAGAAGCUCGGGAAAGCGGAUGAGACCCGGGACACUGUGUUUGAGGAGAUGGUGGCAAACUUCAACAAGCAGAUGACUGAAGGCACCAAACUGCAGAAGGACCUGAAAUCUUACCUGGUGGCAGUGAAAACGAUGCACGAGGCAUCUCGGCGGCUGCAGGACUGUCUGGCCGACAUGUACGAGCCUGAAUGGUUUGGAAAGGAGGAGAUGGACGCGAUGGCAGAGGACUCAGACACUCUAUGGUUGGAUUACCACCAGAGCCUCGCCGACAAAUCUGUGGCCUGCAUGGACACAUACCUGACCCAGUUUCCUGAUAUCAAGGCUCGUAUAGCAAAGCGGGACAGGAAGAUGGUGGAUUUCGACAGUGCCCGGCAUCACUUUAGCUCCUUACAGAAAGGAAAGAAGAAGGACGAAGCCAAGAUCGCCAAGGCUGAGGAGGAGCUGGGCCGAGCUCAGAGGAUUUUUGAGGAGCUGAACGUUGAGUUACAAGACGAGCUUCCAUCACUGUGGGACAAUCGUGUUGGCGUCUAUGUUAACACAUUCCAGAGUCUGGCAGGUAAUCAGGAGAAGUUCCACAGAGAGAUGGGAAAGCUCAGCCAAAACCUGAACGACAUCAUGACCAAACUGGAAGAGCAGCGGCAGUUCAAAAAAGAUGGUACUGCAGCAGAAAAGACAGGAGAUGAUGCCAAGAGUGAGGAAGCCAACCACAGCGAGUCAGCCAGCUCAGCACCGAAGAGGCCCGGUCCUCCUCCUCGUCGGCCUCCGCCUAGACUCACGCCGUCCCCGGACCAGAGACAGCGGCAUGCCGAGCAGUUCGAGGACGAGGAUGAGGCAGUGGCAGAGGCCGAGGCCGAGCCCACAGUGCCUGAUGCUAACACAGACUGCACUUCCACAACGACACAGCAGAGUGCGGUGACCAAUGGCUCAGAAGGCGACCUUCCUCCGGGUUUCGUCUGCAAGGUGAAAGCGAUACAUGAUUACGCCGCCACAGACGGUGAUGAGCUGGAGCUGAAGAUGGGAGAUGCUGUGCUCGUUUUGGCCUUUGACAACCCUGAUGAACAGGACGAUGGCUGGCUGCUGGGGGUAAAGGAGUCUCACUGGGUUCAGAGCAAAGAUAUUUCAGCCAAAGGCGUUUUCCCUGAAAACUUUACCCAGAAGGUUUGAGGUUGAGGCCACAUAAAGAUUUUGACCCCAUGUUGUUCCCAGAACUCCUCAGAUAUCUCUAACGGGAAAAGACUUGGUUGUUACUAAAUGUCUACACACCAGAAAGCAUCGGUGCAUGAUUGGAAAUGUGCACUAAACAUUUCACUGAUACCAAAAGGUUUUACGCAGUUAAAAACGGUGCCAGUUAUUAUAAACACGUUUAUGUUCAGCAAAUUAAAAGGGCUUAGAGGAGAGGGAAUGUUUUACAAAAUCAUCACCUUGUGGAAAUAUUGCAGUCAUCUCAAAGUUUUAGUCAAAUCUCCCACAAUAAAGCAAACGUAUUGAUUGUUUUGUUUUGACUUCUUAUUCCUGCAUUAUUUCUUUAUUUGCUGAACUCAAAAGAAACAUAAAACAUGAGUCAUGAUGUACUGUAUGAAUGUCAAACUAUGUUAUGUUUUGUUUUGUGAAGGACUUUUGAACAAUUAUGAGAACUGUCAGCAGUUUCUUGCAUGAAGCAUUUGAUUGUAUUGUCAUUUCGGUCUUUAAGGUGGCUCUGGGUGUCUGAAAUGUACAGGUGUCCGAGAAUAGAGUCUUGUGGAACUCCAGCGAUAUAAACAGUGUGCAGGCGACGCCUUGCAUUGUCAUCAAAUCAUCACAGUUUCUUUUCAUGUAGGAUCAUCAGAGGGAACAGUAGAUUUUCAUUUAUUUCAUUGGCUAUUAUGAGGAUGUGUGACUUCAGUUGUCAAAUGCACAUAUGGUUUAUUUUGACUUUUAAUUCAUCUUUUCGUUGGUGAAUGAAAUGCAAAUUCUCACUCUGGAACUUAGUUGCAGAUUUUCUUUCUUCACACUAGAUUAUAUUUCCUCCUUCCCUACACAGGAUACAUGUUAUUUAACUCUUUUUAAAAUGUGUUUAUGAAUUUAAAUCUGGUUCCCUGUGCACUUGAGGAGGGGACAGUCUUGACUCUGAAUCUUUUUUCUUCUCACCAGAAAACACCUCAUCACUGCUGUAAGACACUUUGUCGAUGGUAGAAAACUUACAAGAGACUGAAGCAUUCAGAACUUUAGUUCAAAACGAUGAACCUGUUGUCCAAAGUAACUCAAACCAGGCCUCCUGCAGUAGCUAACGAAACCCACGCAGAGCUCAUUUUUACAUUGUGUGGAAUGAAUGAGGGAGGAAAAGGUCAGAGUGGUAACUACUGCACCGUCUGAUGGAUUAAAUCAAUCAUUAAAGAUGAAUGAAAUAACAA